AGCACCCACGUGACCUACCUGACAUGUCGUUCGUAGGAACGUCCAGGGAAUUAGCCGCGCCGUGCCCGCGCGCACGUUAAGCCUCGGCCGGGAACGCGUAGGGAUUGUUACCCAUGUAUUCGCUCGUGCGCUUUGCGCAUCUUUUUCUUUCAAAUAGCGAUGAAAAGAUUAUCUACGGGCUUUGAGGGAUGGAACGGAACAGCCAACACCAUGGGUGAUCCACCGGUCGCCCGCUCAGAGAGGCUGUUUUCCCUGGCCUGCUCGCUUUCGGGGCUGGGGCAGGACGCCGCCAACGGGACUCCUUCGGGUCUCCAUGACAAGGACGUGGAUGAUGAGCCCCCCCCACCGGAGUCUGGCAUAGAGCUCGGACCUGGGCUGUAUUUUGCAGAUGGUCGCAAGAAAGUGGACUACGUUCUCUGCUACAAGUACAAAAAGAGGCGGGGCUCAAAGCCACGCCUUUCAAUCGUUUCCAAUGGCAGCAUAGCGGCGUCCGUGUCCGGGUUCCGGGGCUCAGAGGCGGAGCUCGGGGAGGCGGGGCUAGCAGCGGUCGAGGGGGAGGAGUCAAAACUGACGGAAGAGGAGAAGGCUGUGAUGCGGGCGGAGUUUGAAAGUGGACUGCAGGAGGCGGGAUUACACAUAGAACGGGAUAAACAGACCUCGCUGCACGGUGUUGCGUUCAUCCGUCUUCACAUCCCUUGGCCGAUCCUCAGCAGAGAGGCAGAGCUGCAGAAGAUCAAGGUGGCCGUGAAAAAGAAAUGUGAGAUGCGGGAACGGUCGGGUAUCGCUGGUAUUUGGGAUUCCGUGAUGACCAAAAUCACCCAGCCACUGCAGCCGGAUGUGUCUGACGUGGACGACCAGCAGGAUUCUAAGACGCGCGUCCAAUUGAAGACCCUCAAACACCCGUUUAUCAGAGAAAAGCUCCAGCUGUAUGACAUCAAGUCAACGGAGACAUUGUUCUGCAAUUCUACACGGAGCCGGAUAGUUGCAGAAAUUAUGUCUCGUACUACCACACAAUCCUGCCAAACUACAGGCAUCACCUCCUUAUUGGCCAGAGAUGUCUAUGACUCCGCCUUCCCUCUGCAUGACGGCUCGUUCACGAGAAGAGGCAGGAAAGACCAACGCAAUGAAAGACAGUUGCUGCAUGAAGAAUGGGCCAACUAUGGAGUCAUGCAUAAGUACCAGCCUGUGGACCUGAUACGGAAGUACUUUGGGGAGCAGAUUGGGUUGUAUUUUGCCUGGCUGGGAGUCUACACUCAGCUUCUUAUUCCUCCAUCUCUGCUGGGAAUCGUAGUGUUUGUGUACGGCAUUUUAACUGUUGACACCAACGUGCCCAGUCAGGAGACAUGCGACGACCACCUGAACAUUACCAUGUGCCCUCUCUGCGAUGGAGUGUGUGACUACUGGCGACUGAGCUCAGUGUGCUCAUUGGCCAAAGCGUCGUACCUCUUUGACAACGGGGCCACCGUCCUCUUUGCUAUCUUCAUGUCCCUGUGGGCUGCGUGUUUCCUGGAGCAUUGGAAGAGGCGUCAGAUGUGUCUGAAACACAGUUGGGACCUGACCAGCCUGGAGGAUGAGGAGGACCGAGUUCAGGAGGAAGUAAGACCUGAAUAUGAAAGUGCAUUAAAAGAGAAGAGACAGAAGAUCAGAGAAAACAAUAAGAAGAAGCAGGCAGCUCGGCCUGGAGACAACACAGACGGGGAGCGGGACCAGAUGCUCUCCACCCAGAGAGAGCCAGAGUCCUUGGACAUUGAGGAUCACCUGUCAGGCUACCUCAUCAACGUGUCCACCCUACUCCUACUGAUCGGUGUCACCUUCUCCGCCGUCUUUGGCGUGGCGGUCUAUCGGAUUUGCAUGCUGACCGUGUGGUCGAUGAACCCUGACCCCGAGGCCAAGGCCAGUGUGAGGAUGACGGUCACCACCACCGGCAUCGUGCUCAACAUGCUGGUGGUGCUGGUGUUGGAGGAGGUGUACGGAGCCUUCGCCGUCUGGCUCACCGAGCUAGAGCUCCCUAAGACUGAGGCCGAGUUUGAGGAGAGGCUGAUCUUCAAGUCCUUCUUCCUCAAGUCCAUGAAUUCCUUUGCACCUAUUUUCUACGUGGCCUUCUUCAAGGGCAGGUUUGCCGGCCGACCAGGAGACUAUGUGUACAUCUUCGGAGACUACCGCAUGGAAGAGUGUGCCCCACCAGGCUGUCUGAUUGAGCUGUGCAUCCAGCUCAGCAUGAUCAUGCUGGGGAAGCAGCUGAUCCAGAACAACGUCUUCGAGGUCGUCAUACCUAAGCUGAAGAAGAUGUACAGAACGAUGCAGGAGGAGAAGGGGAAGCAGAGAGCGGCGUGUGGGGCUGAGGCGCAGGAGCAGGGUCCCCGCAGGCCCAAGCAGCAGUUUGACAAGGACUUUGCCCUGGAGCCGUUCGAAGGAACCUGCCCAGAAUACAUGGAGAUGAUCAUCCAGUACGGCUUCGUGUCUCUGUUCGUGGCCUCCUUUCCGCUGGCUCCUGCCUUCGCCCUGCUCAACAACGUCAUCGAGAUCCGCCUGGACGCUGCGAAAUUCGUCAGCGAGAUCCGCCGGCCUGAUGCAGUGAGGUGUAAGGACAUAGGGAUUUGGUACAACAUACUCUGUGGAAUCAGCAAGUUCUCGGUCAUUACAAAUGCGUUCGUCAUCUCCUUCACGUCAGAGUUCAUUCCCCGAAUGCUGUACCAGUACAUGUACAGCGCCAAUGGCACCAUGCACGGCUACACGGAGCACUCGCUGGCCUACUUCAACAUCAGCAACUUCCCAGCAGGCAGCGCGCCCACGUCCACCCUGAUCAGGGGCGUCUCAAUGUGCAGGUACAAGGACUACAGGGACCCCCCUUGGGCCGAUGAUGCGUACACCUUCUCCAAACAGUACUGGUCGGUCCUGGCUGCGCGACUGGCCUUCGUCAUAUUUUUCCAGAACCUGGCCAUGUUCCUCAGCAUGCUGGUGGCGUGGCUGAUCCCCGACGUGCCGCGCUCCCUGAGGGAGCAGCUGAAGAAGGAGAACAUGAUGCUGAUGGAGUUCCUGCUCAACGAGGAGGCCGCCUCCAAGCCUCGCUCCCCACAGGAGGUGGCGCCCGCGUUCCCCGCAAACAUCGACAUCGUGGUGGAGGCCCCGUACGAGGACGAGGAAGAAGAAGAGAAGGAGGAGGAGCAGGAGGAGGCAGAGGAGAGGAAAGAGGAGGAAGAAAGGGAAGAGGGGUUGAAGGAGAAAGAGGAGGAGCAGGAGAAAGAGGAGGAGAAGGAGAAAGUGAAGGAGAAAGAGAAGGAGAAAGAGGAGGAGAAGAAGAAAGAGGAGGAGAAGGAGAAAGAGGAGGACAAGGAGAAAGAGGAGGAGAAGGAGAAAGAGGAGGAGAAGGAGAAAGAGUUGGAGAAGGAGCAAAAGGGGGAGAAGGAGAAAGAGGAGGAGAAGGAGAAAGAGGUGGAGGAGAAGGAGCAAGACGAGGAGAAGGAGGUAGAACUUGGCGUCAAAGUGGAUCUUGGGAGACCUGGGACCACGCGUGAGAGGGACCCUGAACUUGAGAUGGCAACAGGAGGGGAGGCUGAAGAAAGAGCGGACAAUGGUCUUGUCGAUCUGGUCCUCUGCCGAAAGGAGAUGGAGGAGCAUUUAGCAGAAAAGAAAGAGGAGGAAGGAGAACAUAGGCCAGAAGAGAAGGCGGAGGAAACAGUAGUGGUCGAGGAGGCCAGGGCGGUGGGGGAGGAGGUGGAGGUGGUGGUGGAGGAGGCUAAGGGGUUGGUGGAGGAAGGCACAGUGGUGGUGGAGGACGGCACAGUGGGGGUGGAGGAGGCCAAGGUGGUGGAGGAGGAGGAACAACACUUUUCCAUUGAUCUAGACUUGUUCAUGGACCAACUGGGUUUGUUAGAUGAUGACGAUGAUGACGGUCCUUCUUCAAGCAAGGGCCGGGAAAUGGAGCUGCCCCUCUCGGACACCAGACAACAGCCACCCCACCUCUUUGAGCUCCCUGGUCCCCCCCAUCUAGCACCCAAGCAAGGCUCAUCCUACAGUCUCUCGGGCGCAACGGUAUCAACCAGGGCAUUGGAGUCGGACCCCGGGCUCUACUCGCUCAAAGGGCCCCCGCCUCCAGACGCCCGGUCCAGGGGCAUGGCGCGAUGCUCCACCCUGCCUUCCCGUCCCAGAGGCUCCGCAGCCUCCUACAGCUUGCCGCGCCCGAGCCAAUCAACCAGCCUGACCAAGCUCCAGCAGAUGUCCUCCAACAUCCCUCUGGUCCCCCUGUGCUCCGGAGUGUCCCUCCCGCCGGCUGACCCCUUUUCUCCCCCUCGCACGCCCCGCUCACUCACCCCCCUGCAGCCGGCCCACUCGCCCCCGGCCAGGCCAGAGUCGCCCAGGGCCCAGCUCCCCUUCGAACUGUUCACCCUGAGAGGCCCUCCCCCCCAAGAGCCGCGGAGCAGGGCCAAGAGUCGCUGCUCCACGCUACCCGCCCGCCGGCUGGGCCCCGGGGCCGAGGACAGGGCGGUCAAGCCCAGCCAGUCCACCGGCUUCACCCAGCAGGGAGAGCGCAUCCCUCCGUCCCCCAGCGAACUGAAAGGCGACAGCCUGCUGUGAGGACGGGCCAGCGGGGAGAGAGACUGACUCUGGAUGGGCGUUUGAACCUGAAGCCUCAACCUAACCUCUUACUUCUUGUGCUCGCCCUGUUGCACUGCAUCGGUGUAAACACGGCAAACAAGUGCAACUCUUUUUCUGAUGCUAAUGAAGAAGUUCUUGCAGAGGUGCAGCAAGGAUCUUUUUUUUUAUGUACAGGAUCUCUGUUUGAUAUAGGAGAAAUGUGAAAUCCUAUCAUUUCCAUUAGUGGUGAUUUGGACAAAUGGAGUAUUGGACAAUUCAGAUCCCAGAUACUGGCUUCUGGAACUCUCUUUGCAAUGCCACAAUGCAAAUCACCGUGGAGACUUAUUGAAGCUGAAAUUCUUUCUACUGAUUCCUAUGGAUAAUGUUUGUUUUAUUGUUGGAUUCUGCCCACAGUCGGAGCUCAAUAGUGUCUGCUCUUCAUAGUCUCAGCGUUGCUGCCCUGUAGAACAGAGGGAAUUGUAUCAUGAUAUUGCACACAUAGUGUCGAUCAAGACAGUUACGCAUGUAGAUCUACUAUUUAUACAUAGUGUUUUGAUAUAUACAUACAUUUUUCUGUUCACAUGAAAGUGAUAAUAAAACAAUCCAUUUUUAA